AAACACGGCGCGCACACGUGUUUAUUAUUUUUUGACAGCUUGCAACGAUUCAGGUCAACAAAAUGGUUUUGUGUAACAUUGAGUGUGUGAAUAAAAUAUCUCAAUAUUUGGAGGUGUCUCCUGGAAAAAUGCACAUCUCGGACAAUAAUAUAGUAGCUAUGAAUGAUUUCAUGAAAAACCAAUCAAUUGAAGGUUUUAGUACAAUCAUUCAAGCUCUGACGAAGUAUUCUAAUUCAAAGAAUUUACUCGGCGACGACGCUAUAACUCGAGCUUUAACUCAACAAUGGCUUGAAUAUGCCACUCUUUGUGCAAAUUAUGCUGACAGCCCUUCCAUUGCAAAAAGAGUUUUGAAGGAACUAAACACGGUUUUGAAACACAACACUUAUAUAUCCGGAACAAAAAAGACUGUCGCUGAUGUGACACUGUACUACAUUUUACACUCGAUAAUGAAAGAAUUGUCGCAUCAAGGAAAAUCCGAGUACGUUCACGUUUCCCGAUGGUUUGAUAACAUGCAACAGGAUGAAAAAGUGCGACAAAAGUUAGAUUUUAUCAAUUUCAAUAUUCUAUAUUUAUAUUUAUAAAAAGAAAUAAAUCAUUUCCGGGCUUUGUUAUUUAUUGAAAAUCACAUUUUUAUCUUUUUAUUUACUUUUUCUUGUCCAAGAGCGAACAACUAAUUUGAAAUAUCGAUUAUAAUUUAUAUAAAUUACAUACAUUUCUCAAUAACAAUUUUUGAAUGUAAAAUUGAUUUAAGGUUGUAAAAUCUACAUUAUUAAAGGUUUAAAACUGCA